AAUCCUCCACUCUUCUCCCUUUUUUCUUAAUACCAUUUUCUCAUUCUCUUUUUACUACUCUCUCUAUCAUAAAUUCUUUCCUUAAACAUCCCCUGUUUUUUGCAGUUUGUUACAAUUCCCCUCAACACCUACUUUUUGACUUACAAAUGCCUUCUUUUUACAAUACCAUCUUUUUGUAUCUUUUCAUAUCUCUUUCUGUUCUUACACACUUCACUUAUGCUAAGGUGUAUGUUGUGUAUAUGGGUAGCAUAAAUAGUGAACACCCAGAUGAGAUUUUGGUUCAUAAUCAUAGAAUCCUUUCUUCUGUUCAUAGUGGAAGUUUUGAAGAAGCAAAGGCUUCACAUUUGUAUAGUUAUAAACAUGGGUUUAAAGGGUUUGCAGCUAAGUUAACUGAAGAUCAAGCCCUUAGAAUUUCCAAGAUGGAAGGGGUGGUUUCAGUAUUUGAAAAUAAAAAGAGAAAACUGCACACAACACAUUCAUGGGAUUUCAUUGGUCUUGCUGAGGAAGAAACCAUGGAAAUUCCAGGCUUUUCCACCAGUAAUCAAGUUAACGUCAUUAUCGGUUUCAUUGAUACAGGUAUUUGGCCAGAAUCGCCGAGUUUUAGGGACACAAAUAUGCCUCCUGUGCCAGCUGGAUGGAAAGGAAUUUGCCAAUCAGGGGAAGCAUUCAAUACCUCCAACUGCAACAGGAAAGUGAUUGGAGCAAGAUAUUACCAUAGUGGUUAUGAAGCUGAAGAACAUAGUAAACUGGAGCAACAACAAGACGAAUAUGAUGAUGAUGAUCCAAGAAGGAAAGUAUCUUUUAGGUCUCCACGAGAUAGCAAUGGUCAUGGAAGCCACACAGCCUCCACAGCUGCAGGCCGCUAUGUAGAGAACAUGAACUAUAACGGACUGGCUAGUGGUGGAGCAAGAGGCGGUGCACCAAUGGCUAGAAUUGCAGUAUACAAGACAUGUUGGGAUUCAGGUUGUUAUGAUGCUGAUAUAUUAGCAGCAUUUGAUGAUGCUGUCAGAGAUGGGGUCCACAUCGUGUCACUAUCCCUUGGGCCCGAUGCUCCUCAAGGAGAUUACUUCAGUGAUGCCAUCUCCAUUGGAUCAUUCCAUGCAGUUAGCCGUGGGAUAACUGUUGUAUCUUCUGUCGGUAAUGGAGGAACUAAAGGGUCUGCUACAAAUCUUGCUCCUUGGCUUAUUACUGUUGCAGCUAGUUCAACUGACAGAGAGUUUACUUCUAAACUUGCAAUGGGGAAUGGUGUUAGAGUUAAGGGCGAAAGUCUUAGUGUACAUCAGAUGAGAGCUCCUGCAAGAAUCAUAUCUGCCUCAAUAGCAAAUAGGGGUUUCUUCACCCCUUACCAAUCCAGUUACUGCUUAGAAAGCUCAUUAAACUACACAAAGACUAGAGGGAAGGUUUUGUUAUGUCGACACACGGAGCGGUCAACAGAGUCAAAGCUUGCUAAGAGUGAGGUAGUCAAAGCAGCUGGUGGAGUGGGAAUGAUCCUAAUAGAUGAAACUGACAAGGAUGUGGCAAUCCCGUUCGUAAUACCAGCUGCCAUUGUUGGGAAAAGAAUGGGAAACAGGAUUCUAUCAUAUAUUAAUAACACACGCAAUCCGACAUCAAGGAUUUUUGCUUCAACUGCUAAAUUAGGAUCACAACCUGCCCCUCGAAUAGCGUCAUUCUCUUCUAAAGGUCCUAAUGCGUUAACCCCGGAAAUUUUAAAGCCUGAUAUUGCAGCACCAGGAUUGAAUAUCCUUGCAGCAUGGUCACCAGCGAUUGGAAAAAUGAACUUUAACAUUCUAUCUGGAACUUCCAUGGCUUGCCCACAUGUAACUGGGAUUGUAGCCUUGAUAAAAGCCGUUCAUCCUUCGUGGUCACCAUCUGCAAUUAAAUCUGCAAUCAUGACAACAGCUACCGUUUUUGACAAGAAUGGAAAACCGAUAAGAGUUGACCCUGAAGGAAGAAGGGGCGAUGCAUUUGAUUAUGGUGCUGGCUUUCUUGAUCCUACAACAGUCCUUGAUCCAGGUCUUGUCUACGAUGCAAAGCCCACAGAUUACAAAUCUUUUCUUUGCUCGAUAGGUUACAGUGACAAAUUGCUUCACCCGAUAACCAGAGACAAUAGCACUUGUAAGAACAGAGCAUUCUCAAUGCCCACCAGCCUCAACUAUCCAGCAAUCUUAGUACCUAACCUCAAGUCAAGUUUCUCAGUUACUAGAACUCUGACUAACGUUAGAAAGCAAAAACAAAAAACUACUUACAGAGCAGUUGUAUCUACACCACUAGGAAUCCAAGUCAGUGUCCUCCCACGCAGAUUAGUCUUCACCCGCCAUGGUCAAAAGGUCAACUUCACUGUCACUUUCAAGAUUUCUGCACCAUCUCAAGGCUACGUUUUUGGUUACUUACAAUGGAAAAACAGAAACUCUCGUGUUAUCACACCUCUGGUUGUUCGUGCUGCACCUUCUAACUUGGGUGCAGUUGUAUAAUCUGGACCAGAAGAUUUGUGUCAACCAGUAGCAUACCGAGUAUCUGGCAACUUUUGAAGGAAAAUAGAGCUUUUAGCUAGAGAAUAUACACAUGUUUAUUUAUUCCAUUUUGUUAACAUUUCUUAAAAAUGGUAUAUAUCUGUUAACAUUGAUUGUAAACAUAGCAUUACUAGUUGGAUUCGAUCAAAUUCCAAACUACAUUCAAGCUGCAAA